AUAUAAUAAAUCCAGAUGAAAUGAAUAAACCGGAUUUAUUGAAUCUGGAUGAAACAAAGGAACUGAAUAUAAUAAAUCCAGAUGAAACGAAGAAACCAGAUAUAAUAAAUCCGGAUGUAACGAAUAAACCGGAUUUAUUAAAUCUGGAUAGAACGAAACUGAUGGAAGAAUGGAAUGAAGCUAUAUACCAAGUAAUGAUACUUGAAGAAAGCGAAGACA